AUGUUUUCCCCGCGGAAUAAUCGAGCAGGAUAUCAAAUAAUUGAUGAUGAAAAUAAUGAUGAUGAUGAAGACACGGGACCGCCGACCAGUUUCCAGCCAUUUUCCACGGAUCGUUCUGUCACACACUCACAAUCUGAGGCUGAACCUCUAGUACAUGAGCCUACAACACCCAAUAAUGAUUUAUUUGGUGGACCUCCGCUGAGUCAUCACAUAUCAGGUGAUCGGAACGAGAUUAGUGAUAUGGCGAAAUCACAGUCAAGUGAGGGGCAUUGGGAUCAUGUCGAAAAUCUUGAUCAGUUCUUCACACGGGUUUACGAGUAUCAUCAAGGUGGUGGUUUGAUGUGUAUAUUUCUCAGCUAUAUUUUCUCAUUGCUUCAGUUCAUAUUUGUUGUUUCAUUCUCAACUUUUCUUCUGCAAUGUGUCGACUACCCGGUGCUUUUCAAUACGAAGAAUGUCACUGCAAGUGGUUCACCGAUCGUUGGAAAACGAUACAUUUCGGAUGCUAUUGUGAGUAAUUGCAUGUCGCAGAUCCAUCCUCUUGUUACAGCAGCACUUUUAUUCGCGAUUUUGUUUUGGCUAUUCCGUGUUGUGAGAGAUGGUUAUCAUCUGCUACAAUUCUACGAAAUCCAUAAUUUUUAUGAGCAAGCGCUCGGUAUCUCUGAUAAAGAACUGAGCAACUUGACGUGGUCAGAAGUGGAUUUUCAGAAUUAUUUUGUGUCAAUGGUCAACAAAGAUGUCUUACCGCCAGUGCUAAACAUACCAUUCAAAGGACCUAUCCCAUAUUUGCCAAACGGAUUGAAAUUGAAUCUGGAAUGGUUACUGUUUUGGGGUCCUUGGUCACCAUGGGAAGGGCCAUACGCACUGAAAGACGAAUACAAACAUCAAAUGAACAUCACUAAACUGACCGCUGAUAUGGAAAAAACGAUUUUGUAUAUGGGCAUAGCAAAUCUGGUCUUUUCACCGCUGAUUCUAAUGUAUCAGAUAUUGUACUCGUUCUUCUCAUAUGCCGAAUUGGUGAAACGUGAACCUGGUGCGCUUGGAACUCGACGUUACUCCAACUAUGGAAGGCAUAAAAUUCGCCAUUUCAACGAAUUGGGUCACGAACUGAGAUUACGGCUGUCACGAAGUCAUCAGGCUGCAGAGCAGUACAUGGAUCAGUUCAUAUCACCCUUCAAUGAAAUAAUCGCCAAAAAUGUCGCCUUCGUUGCGGGCGCCCUGUUUGCUGUGUUGGCGCUGUUGUCGGCAUGGGACGAAGACGUUUUGUCGGUUGAUCAUGUGCUCACAACGAUGACCGUUUGCGGUGUGGUGAUUGUUGUGUGUCGUUCGUUCAUUGCCGACGAGAAUCUGAUACGACAGCCAGAGGUGUUGUUGAACCGUGUUAUCGCACAUAUUGUCUAUGCGCCGGACUCGUGGAUUGGUCAAGCACAUACUGUGCGAGCAAUGCGUGCUUUUGUCAUGUGCAAUAUUUCAGCGAAGGUACGACAGCAGUUUCAAUAUUUAUUCCAACUGAAAGCAACGUUCAUACUGGAAGAAUUGUUGAGUCCGUUGCUAACGCCUUUCAUUUUGAUUUUUUGGAUUCGUCCACAAGCGCGUGAAUUUGUGAAUUUUUUCCAUAACUUCACGAUAAGCGUCGAUGGACUGGGUGAUGUUUGUUCGUUUGCACAGUUGGAUGUUUCAAAACAUGGUGAUCCAACGUGGAACGAUGGUCUAGAGCAGGACGAACAGCUACAACCAAGUCAGUGCCUUGAACUUAAUGUAAAAGAAGAGCAACGACGGAGAAUGCCUAGUCAUUUGGAGUUUGAACAAGACGAACGACUACGUGCAAAUGACGGUAAAACCGAGCUGUCGCUAUUGCACUUCUUUAUAUCGAAUCCGGACUGGAAUCCACCGCCCGGAUCGAUGCGUUUCAUCACUCAAUUGCGCAACUGGAUGGACCGUGAAAUGAGAAAUUUGCGGGAACAAACGGGCACUGAGACGAAUAUUCUCGCCGAGAGUAUGCACGCAGCCUUCCCACUGCACUAUCCUCCACGAUUGGCAACCGCAGCAGAUCGAGCAACUAGUUUGAGUACGAUACGAGAAGAUCGUAACGCUGCGCCUCUUGCUGGUACAAACUCGUUGAUUGGAUCCUUGCAGCAAUCCGGUUUCCUUGCACAGCAUUCUUCGUCUCUUCAUCCGAGUCUCACCGAUGAGAUUACGACGGAUAUAGCAGCGGCCGAAAUGUCGCUGACGACGAUGUGUUUGAGACGGUUGCGUGCCGAACACGACGGUAGCUUAAGGCAAACGUCAAACUAUGGUGCUUUGGCAACACUGAAUCCAAAUGUGCUUACUGAUUUCGAUGGUGAAUCGGAUGAGGCUGCACAUCUUGCAACGGUACAAACCCAAAUGAUGACCGUGACAACUGCCACUACCGUGCAGUCGUCCAUAUCCGAUAUAUGGGGUGUUCCUGCUCAAAGUACAAUUAUCCAUCGAGAUCCUUUGGGUGGUGCUUUGCGACGAUCAACUCAUCAACAACAACAGUUACAGCCACCGCAUCAUGCAGCACGCCGUGCUUCACCGUCUGGAAGGCACAUUGAUGACAACGACGAUCGUCCACCGGAUGUCUUUCAGAGUGUUUGA